AUGAACGAAUGCGCGAUCGUUCUUCCGAACGAGGAUGACAAAUGGCUCGACUUUCGCAACUACGAACGAAAAGAGAGACUUCCCUACGUGAUAAACGCCGAUUUGGAGUGCGCGUUAGAGAAGGAGGAGGAGGAGGAGGAGAGCGAAUUAAUACCACGAAACAGAUUUACUUAUCAACAUCAUACAGCAUUCAGCGUUGGCUACUACUUGCGAUGUGUACGAGACAAGAAUGCGUCGACGUACAAAUUUUAUCGUGGUGAAGAUUGCAUAUCAUGGUUCGCGCGAGAAUUGAACGCUCUCGCGCAUCGCGCGAAGGAGACUCUCGACGCGAUCGUGUCUAUGACGCAGGUCACGUCAGACGAGGAGCGUAGCUUUUGGAACGCGACUCUUUGUCAUAUAUGUGAAAAACCGUUUGACACGAGGGAUCAACGCGUGCGUGAUCAUUGUCACAUAACCGGGCGUUACAGGGGUCCGGUUCAUUCGCGUUGUAAUCUAAAUUUCAAAACGUCUUUCGUAAUUCCUGUAUUUUUUCACAACCUCUCAGGUUACGAUGCGCACUUUAUCAUCAAAGAGAUCGCUAACAGUUUCGAGGGUAGAGUAGAAUUGUUACCGUUGACCAAAGAAACGUACAUCUCGUUCACGAAAGGUGUUCAGAAUACGUCGCUGAGGAAGGGGGACACUUGUGUGAAACUGCGAUUUGUAGAUUCGUUUAAAUUCUUAGGGGCCAGUCUCGCGAAAUUGGUGUCGUACCUAGACAAGAACGAACUGCUAAUAACACGGUCGGCGUUCUCGAAUCUCGAUGACAAUGAUUUCGAAUUGCUCACGCGCAAGGGUACGUUCCCGUACGAGUAUGUUGAUAGCAUCGAUCGGUUGCUCGAAACCGAGUUACCAUCCCGUGAGGCUUUCUACAGUUCGCUGACCGGUGAGAGCGUCAGCGAUAACGAUUACGAGCACGCAGUCAAUGUGUGGCAACGUUUCCGCAUUAGUAAUCUUGGCGAGUAUAGCGAUUUAUAUUUGAAAACAGACGUUCUGUUGUUGGCAGACGUCUUUGAGAAUUUUCGCGACAAAUGCAUACGGAGUUACGAUUUGGAUCCCGCUCAUUAUUACACGUUACCGGGGUACACGUGGGAUGCUAUGUUGAAACAUACGGGUGUUCAAUUCGAAUUGUUGACCGAUAUCGAUAUGCUUCUCUUUGUUGAACGUGGUGUACGCGGUGGUCUGAGUCAGUGUUCCAACAGAUACGCGCGAGCUAAUAAUAAGUAUCUUUCGUCACACGAUCCGUUGAAACCGUCGACAUAUCUCAUGUACUAUGACGUGAAUAAUCUCUACGGAUGGGCUAUGUGUGAAUCAUUGCGGUACGCGCAAUUUCAAUGGGUCAGCGACGUGGAGAGUCUAGACGUAAUGUCGGUGACCGCGGAUUCCGAUAUCGGCUACAUUAUGGAGGUGGAUCUUGCGUAUCCGCGCGAGCUCCACGACCCCCACGCGGACCUUCCGUUCUGCCCAACGCGCGCCUCACCCCCCGGCAAGGUUACCGAUAAGCUUCUAGCGAGGCUUCACGAUAAGUCGCGCUAUGUCAUACAUUAUCGCAAUUUGCAGCAAUGUGUGCGUUAUGGGAUGCGUAUACUUAAAAUUCAUCGCGUUUUACAAUUUGCACAAUCACCAUGGCUGCGUGGAUACAUCGAACUGAAUACAAUGUUUAGAACUCGUGCGAAUAACGAGUUCGAGAGAAAUAUGUAUAAGCUUAUGAACAACGCGGUUUACGGGAAGACAAUGGAAAACGUGCGCGAGCACGUUGACGUGCGUCUUGUGACGCGUUGGGAGGGAAGGUACGGAGCGGAAGCGCUAAUUUCAAGACCGAAUUUCCACAGUAGAAGCAUUUUCUCCGAGGAUCUGAUGGCCGUUGAGUUACGGAAACUGGAGGUAAAGCUCGUGAAACCAAUCUACGUUGGCAUGGCCAUUCUGGAGAUAUCAAAAACGCGAUUAUACGAUUUUCAUUAUGAUUAUAUGGCGCCCUUGUAUCGCGGUGUGUGUAAGGUAAUGUACACAGAUACGGACAGUCUGAUUUAUUUCGUCGAAUGUGACGAUAUUUAUGAGGAUAUGAAACGCUCCAUUGAAAGAUUCGACACGAGCGACUAUGCCGAGAACAACGCGUACGGUAUGCCGCGCGCGAACAAGAGCGUUCCGGGUCUGAUGAAGGAUGAGAAUCGUGGCGCGAUUAUGAUAGAAUUCGUAGGUUUGAGAGCGAAGAUGUAUGCCGUGAGAGUGCUCGGAAUGAGCGACACGAAAAAAAUAAAAAGGGUGUAA